GGCUGUCACUCAUACAUUUAAUCUCCACCUUUUAAUUUGCUCCUUGAAGCAUGUGUUUUCGUGUGUGAUUUUUUUAUUCGUGUGGGGAAUCACAUCAGCGCUGUGUCGUGUGAUAGUCAUACGGCUGGAGUGGAAGAGCUGAGUAGCGGUCAGAGGUUGAACAUGUUUGUCUUUCUCGGGAAAACAUGAUCCCUCCAUGCAGAGAUGUCUGCAGUUUUAAUUUUUCUGAUUCUUCAGGCUCUGUGCUGUACAGUCUCUCCAUCUCCUCCCAGCCCCAUCAAUGUCACCUUCUCUUCGGUGAAUCUGAGAAACUUGCUGCAGUGGUUCCCAGGAAAUGGAACACCAGAUGACACACUCUUCACUGUGCAGUAUGCCAUCUAUGGGGACAGCGUUGAAGGCAGCAGAGGAAGACGGGUACACUGGAGGGCUGUGCAACACUGUACAGAAAUAGUGCGGCACUGGUGUGAUCUGACCAGUGAGAUGUGGGAUCUGGAGCAGGGGUACCAUGCUAGAGUUCGUACUGUGGGGAGAAGAAUAUCGUCCAAAUGGGUUACAACACGGAGAUUUGAUCCAAAGUCAGACACUAGUUUUGGGCCCCCGCUCUUCUCUGUGGAAAUUGAGGACAACAGCGCCAUCAUAACUCUGAAGGGACCAAUGAGAUACCUGCCCAACAACCAAACCCCAGAGGUUUCCAUGGCAACACUCUACCCCCAGAUGAGCUACAACCUCUCCAUCCACAAUACACGUCGUCACCAAAUGCACCAUUUCUCAGUGUUCUCCAGUCUGUACAAACAUUGUUUCAUGGACUACGAUACAGAGUACUGCUUCUCUGCAAAGACAAGGUUCCUCUCCAUGCCUGUUCAGUGCCAAUCCUCUGCGUGGCAUUGCAUAACCACACCUCAAGAUCCUAUGAUUGGCCAGCUGCAGAGGGUGGUUGUGGGUAUUAUUGUGUCUUCUGUGUGCAUGUGUAUGCUUUUGGUGGUUGGCUACGUUCUCUUUCAUUACCUGACGGGGAAAGGACAGAAGAGCCCAUUUACCUUGGACCCACCUUCAUUUCAUUCCCCCCCUCUGACCUUCCCCCCUGAGAAUCCCAACAUCAUCAAGGUCAUCAAAUAUGAGCUACCAGCAGGCAUCGACAUCUCCCUAUUGAAGUCUUCGUACUUCAAUAAGGGGCAGUUACAUAAUGCAGGUCUUCCACCAAUGUAUGCCCCCCAGAGGUCUGAAACACCUCCAGAGCCUGAGGAACUCUUGGAUGAUUUGUCUAUUGAAUACGGAGGUGUUGGCAUAGCUCCUCAGACCACUGAUGGAGGAGAAGGGGAAGGAGGAGACUGGAGGCAUGAUGGACAAAAAGAUGGGAAUAAUCUGAGAGAUGAAUGUCACAAAUGUGUAGCGAGAGACACUUAUGAGAAGAAACAGUAUGACUAUGGCAUUUUGAGACAGGCUUCAGCACAGGAGGAGGAGGAAGGAACUAAUUGUAUUAACUGGGAUCCUGAAACUAGGAAACUAGUUUUGCCAGAGGUGGUGUCCAACAGGGAGGAAGGGAGAGGUCCUGAACACUAG